AUGUUCUUCAAAGAGUGCUGGAACAAUUCUAAUUAUCAGAGGAAGAACCAUCAUAAGGGAAACAAAAACCAAAUGCUUUCCACAGGAGUCCUCCUUUUGGCUGUUUUGAUUUCAACUGUCCUGGCUGGGCCAUGGGCUAAUAUAUGUGCUGGCAAGUCUUCCAAUGAAAUCAGGACCUGUGAUAGCCAUGGCUGUGGACAGUACACUGCUCAAAGAAAUCAAAGGCCUCACCAGGGUGUUGAUGUCUUGUGCCCUGACGGAUCUACUGUGUAUGCACCUUUCACUGGAAUGAUUGUGGGCCAAGAGAAGCCUUAUAAAAACAAAAAUGCAGUCAAUAAUGGUGUUCGGAUAUCUGGAAGAGGUUUCUGUAUCAAAAUGUUUCACAUUAAGCCAAUUAAGUAUAAAGGUUCUAUCAAGAAAGGAGAAAAACUGGGAACUCUACUGCCCUUGCAGAAGGUUUAUCCUGGCAUACAAUCCCAUGUACACAUUGAAAACUGUGACAUGAGUGAUCCUACCAUGUACCUGUAA